AUGAGUGGAUACCCAAACAACUCGGGGCUGCCGUCACAGCCAACCUACCAACCUUUCGCUGGCGCCCUGGCGCAACAAACCUUCCCGGCUCUCCAGAGUAACAACCAGCAACUUGGCCCUGUGGGUCCGCAACACAACAUGGCUCGAACGAGCUAUCAACAGCAUGAGCCACCGGCCCCUCCAAGCUUCCCACGGGCGCCUCAACAUGGCAACAUCAACAAUUGGGACGAUUUUGACGCUGUCGAGGCGGAGAUGAAGUCGUUCGCCUGGCAGUCCAAAGCCUGCAGACCAAGAGGCCAACACAAUGACGCAGCGGAGCUCGAUCGGCGUCUGACCCAGGCGGAGGAUAGCCUCAUCCGCGAUUGGGAGGAGUUUUAUGCCCUGGAUGAGGAGAUGGUGUCAUUGUGCCAUCAAUCGAACGCCUGCAAAGCAGCAGGCCAAUUCGAUCAAUCUGAGCAGCUGCUUCAACAAGCACGGGACAUCGACACUCGAUUAGUUGCUGCGGAGUCAUAUCUCCCACCUGAAUCGAACGAGGCUCUACAAUCUCAACAACAGCCGGGGACCAACAACGAGGCUCAACAGCAUGUUGUUGUACAGCAGCAGACUGUUGCAUCCCGCCCUUGA